AUGAAAAGUAUAGGAGAGCACAUGUUGAGGCUAAGAAAAAAGGUUUUAGGUUUAGUUCCUUUUGAAAAACUUGAUGUUUUGACGAGACAUUUUGAAAUGUUAAUAUGGUUUGUGGAUAAGGAUGUGGCCAGUAUUGCGGUAUCUGGAAAUGGAUUUAUAAGUGAAACGGCAAUUGAGAAUAAUCCAAAUAAUAUACAUUGUGCUGUUUUAGACAGUAACCUUGCGAUUGAUGAUAUCAAAAGGUAUUUUGACAACGACGGCUGGGCUGCUCUAAAACAAGUUGUGGAUAUAAAGCGAAUAAAUCCAACAUGGAUAUGCAAAUGUUGCAAUGAGGAUUCAUCGAACAAUUCGAUUUGUUGCAAUAGAUGUCUAGAGUGGUUCCAUUUUAAAUGUGUUAAUGUUAAAACAACAUUAAAAAAAAAAAUAUGGUUUUGCAGAAUCUGUAAAGAAACUUACGAUUGA